GACAGCCGGUGACAGUUGUGUUGUGCGAGUUUUUCUCGAGGGAGUUUCUUGUGCUUUCGCGUCGGAGGCCGUAGUGCUACACCGGCCCCGACAUGGAGGUUUAUUUCGACAUCUCCAAUGAUCUGAAGGACGUCUGGGAGGCGGACAUCGACCCGGUAAGUUUCAAAGAGAUGCACGAUAUCUUGGAUGAAGAUGAAAGGUCCGACUGGCUGAUCGAACGUGACUCCAAAUCCGGCGUGGUGCUACACGAUAGAUUAAUGACAGAUGCGGCCCUAGGCGCUGCUGCACCCAUCAAAACAGAACACUCGUAUAGUCUACACUCCGAUGUCGAAUCAGCGCCACCCUCGCCGCAUCAUACCAAAGUUGAUGAUAUGGAAGACGAAUGCUACCCAGCGAUGCCGGCCAGCGCCUGGAGUAGUCGGCGACGGUCCAGUGAAUCGCCGCCCCGGGAAGUGAAGUCGGAGCCUAAAUCUGAACCGGAGUCCCCGACGAGCUCCUGUCCCCCUUCACCGACACCUGGCACACCGCUCACACAUCUUGACUAUGUUAUUGAUCAUACGACCGGAACUAUUCACAUGCCACAAGCAGUGCUACAGAAGGUCGGAGCGGCCGGGGUGCCACAGUUGCUACUCAGCGCAGCACCGCGACUCGCCACAUCGCUCAACUCAAAUAAACUCUCCAUUAAAGUCACAUCCAGCUCGGGUGCUUCAGGUUUCAAUUUGCCCCCGACUCCGCCGUCGUCCCUCUCGUCGUCGGACAGCGAGGGGGCGUUGUCCCCCGCGCACGAGGCCGCGCCGCCCCCCGCGCCCCCGGCCCCCUCGCGCCGCCCGCACCUCUACGUGUCGCACCACACGAGGCAGCCCAUCAACACGCCACUCAUCAGCAGUCAGCCGAAAGGUUCAACGGGAACCUUGGUGUUGACUGAUGAAGAAAAACGCACUCUGUUAGCGGAAGGUUACCCGGUGCCUACACGCCUACCUCUCACCAAGGCCGAGGAGAAAUCCCUCAAGAAAAUCAGGAGGAAAAUUAAAAACAAGAUAUCCGCACAAGAAAGCAGACGCAAGAAGAAAGAGUACAUGGACCAACUCGAGAGGAAGGUCGAGAUCCUGAUAUCGGAGAAUGAUGACUACAGAAAGAGAGUCGAGACUUUAGAACAGAAGAACGCCAGUCUCCUCAGCCAAGUAGCCUCUCUGCAAGCCAUGGUGGCGAGGGGCGCCCGGAAGUGACGUCACCACGGAAUAAUACAGUGACGUCAUACCGCUGUACGGUGCCGAGCUCAGUAACGAUAUCUUUAAAUAUACCUAAAAUAUUAUUAGCUCGAGCUCGACCAUUUGAAUAUCGACGUCACCAGAUAUCAGAAUGUUUCAGAUUUUGACAAAGUUGGAUAUCAUUUUAUAAUUAGAAAUUUAGUUAUUUAUUAAACACUGAAUUUUACAAAGUAAAAGAAUAUCGCAGUAAUUAUAGUGAAAAUAUUAAUAAUAAUAUAAGAUAAUGUCCAAUUAUGUUGAACGGUUUGCUCACAGAACAUUAGAACAUUGUCUAUACCUGACAGUAUUAUUGCCUGUCCGGGUUAAUCUGGGAGCAAACUAAAGAACUAUCAACCGGACUGUCCGGGACUCUGGUCUCGCGGUUACAGAUAUCUUUGUCGAUAACGUUGUCCCUUUCUGAAUGCGUACGAAGCGACGUAUUAAUGUAUAUUUUGGAUAUAUUUACAUUCAGUGUCGGGCGGACCGUAGGGGAGGAAAGCAUUGAAAUGGUUGCUCACUAUACAUGUUAAAAUAGGUAUUCUGUGGUGCUGGAUCCCUUAUACCAACAAAUCCAUUCAUCGGUAUACCAUCAGUCAAGUGCCACACUAGGUGUUUAUUCUACGGAGACGUUGUAACGAUGCCUCGUCAACAGGGCUUUUAGAUUAUAAGUAUAGAUAAAAAAACGUGUUGUUUGAAAUCUCGUAAAAUAUAUUUUUAAAUGCGAUAAAUUUUAAGUUUUAUUUACAUUACGCGUGUUUUCAUUGAAGCAUCGUUUUUUUUUUUUAAGUUUUAUUUGUUACCGAGUGCGUUGGUCGCGACCGCGUGCGCUAGAGUUGACCCGAGUUUAUCGACUACCGGCCUAAACAGACAUCGAUAAAUCGGACGUGAGUAGGCACGUCACUAAUACACUACUUAAUUGAAUUUAGUUAAGGAACACGCCGUAUCCCCGACUGGUGUGUGAAAUGAACCUUCGCGUUAUCUUGAUACGGUUUCGUGUAUCGGGAAUAUUUUAGCAUAAUAAAUGUAAGGCGCAUAUUAAGUCUUACCGGUUAUUAUUGAAUUCCAUGAAUUUGCAUUUAAAUCGAAAUGUGUAUCGUCCUAGAGAUUUUACCUUGUAUUUAAGAUAAAGUUAGUUUUACGUUGUCGCGUUGGGGACCUGUGGCUUAGACGAUGAUGUGUUAAGUGUUCUCGGUAAUGUCUAGUCUCUCGUGGAGCCGUAUCGGGUCUCGUUCAGCGGAUUAGCUGUAAUCAGUUCGGCUGGACUAUGUGGAUCGACAAGUACAAAGAAAUGGCAUGCCUUGACAGUGCUUUCAAACGACUCGCUCUAACGAUUUUAAUGUACACAUCGGAGAGAUAUUUUAUAAAUUUUUACGGGAUUUAGCGAAAACGAAUAUAUUUAUCGCGAUACGAUCGCCGACUUAGUGUGAGUUUUGUUUUUUCUUUCCGUCUUCUUCAUACGAAAUAACGUUGAAUAAAUCUGCAAAAUAAUCACGCUGUAUAAAUAAAUAACGUUAAAUAAUGCGGGCAUUCAUUAACAUAAACAGAGAAUCUCCAAUCAGAACUAUUAUUAUACUUUUAGUUCUGAUGUUGCCAAUAACAAAGAUAAAUUUACAAUUUCGAUUUCGGAUAUCGAUUUUUAAAUUAAAAUAUCGAUAACGUUUUCGCGGUCUACUAUGAUUAUCGUUUAUUCGCUCACACCGAGCGCCCCUCAACUCUAACAUUCAUAUUACGAUACUAAACAUUCCAUUUCUUUUAAGUAAUACGUGUGACUUAAAAAUGUGCUCCAGUACUUAGUACUUACCGGUCUAAUUUUAAAAUUUCUGUCACAUAACUAAUUUGGCUUAGAGUGACCACGUGACCACCGUUUUUCAAUUAAAAAAAAAUUAUUUUUUAUAUACGCAGUAAAACCAAUAAAUUAUUCCAAUGUGAUAAAGAUCGUUUACUUUUUUAUUGCGUGAAUGUGGUCACUCGAUAUAUUUAUACAUAUUUACAGGAAUGCAAGGUGAUAUUUUAAUCGAUAAUACUAUUUGCUGUCAGUUAGACAUUUUAUUUCGAUUAACACAGCGCCUUGCACUAUUUAGACCGAUCUUCUCUAAAAAAAGAUUAUAUUUAAUUUUCUUGUUAUAGAGCUGCUAAAUAUCGCUAGUAUAAUUAUUAUUAUAUCUAGAAAAAAAUGUUUUUUAGAUUAAUUUAUAAAAAAAUAUAUAUAUAAUAUAUAGAAUCAAUUAUAAAUCGAAAUGUUUAUCUUUAAACGUGAAAUCAAAACAUUAUUUCGUAAUAUUAACUGUUUGUGCAAUUACAAUGUUCUCUUUAUACAUUUAUAAAUGUUCUUCCUAUUUAGAUAUUUAAGAAGAUGUUAUAUUUACAUACAUAGCGCUGAAACUAUUCAUAUUUCGAAAUAUAUUAAUUGUGUCCGGCUGGGACCGUUUGAUAGAAUUGAGAUAUAUUUUAAGAGAUUUUUUCUAAUGAAUUUUUAAGAAAAUUAAAUAUUAUAUACGGAACACUGUUUAAGUGUCUUUAUCGAUAUACAAGUUAGGUCUCUAGUUUAGUUUAAGAAUCUUUGUGUCGAGAAAGUUAACGGUAGAAAGAAAGAGCGUGCCUGCUAUCAGCUAUCGAUUUUACCAAUUUUAAUAAUAAGUGUUAAGAAUAUCAAAUGACGACGUCUAAGCCCGGGCGCAUAUUGUUCACCCGUGCCUGUCUGGCAUGCUUCUUCGUCUGCAACGCAAACGUUGGAAGAGGAUGACACUUCCGCCAGUCUGCGGGGUCUAGUACAAAAUGUAUGCGCCAAGUGCCUUCCGGAAACUUGCCGGACCAACACUGACGUACAACAUGCGUCCGAGAUACAAGCAUCCUUUACUGUGUAGAGAGAAACUUACGUUAAAGUAUUUAAAGAAAUAUAUAUAUAUGUUAAAAAGAAUAUUAUCAAUUCCUACUAUGGCAUUUACCGUCUACGAAUGAGUGAUUAAAAUGAAAAACGACUUAUUUAAAUUAAACUAAAUUAGGUUGAUAUAUAUAUAUGUUUAACUUAUGGAAAUUAAUAUAUGUGGUUAAUGAUGUGUCGUGUAAACAAAAUGCCAAACAUACUUUGUCGUGUUGUACGCACCGCGCAUAUAUCGGGUGACAUUGUAAGAUUCAUUCGAGAUUUGAAAGAAAAGAAAAUCGAUUAAUGAAAGCUAUUUAAUAAAUAAAUAAAUAAAACUAUACGACAGAAUCUCGAAUGAAUUAUUUAAAUUCGGGAGUCCGAGAUCGGCCCUCGCUAAUCGUGUUAUGCGUUAUUAAAGUAUAUUAAUAUUCUAAUAGUUUUACGUUUGUUAAAACUAUACUCUGUUACCUUGAGUCAUGAUUUGUUAAUCGUUUGUUUUAUUAUUAUUUUUUCCAAUGACAUUGUCGAUUUUACUGUCACCCUUGAGCUAAUAAAGCGUCAAAUAUUCUAAA